CGACCGCAGUCUAUUGGAGAGACGCGCACAAUACAAGCGAUCACCAUAACCAAGGCCUUUUGGCAUUGAAAAACUGCAAAAUUCAAAAAUUAAAUGUCAUUAAUCGCCAAACUGGCCCGUAAUGUCGCAGUGCGCUUAUCAAAACUCGGGACGCGUUGCGAUACCGCAGCCCCUAAACAGGGGCCGAUUGUGCUGUGCAAAACGGGGCCCAAACAGGCACCGAGCCAAAGCGGGACAUUCAGGGCUUUCGUGCUGCUCUGCUCGGGCUAUUUGACCUAUAAGCUAGUGAAAGAGCGGGCCCGGGUGCUGCCCCAAGUGAGCGCCGCGUCCAAAUUCGAGGGGGCCCCAUUGGCCGGCAGAAGACAGCAGUUCAACUUCAUCGCCGAUGUGGUGGAGAAAUCGGCCCCGGCUGUUGUGUACAUUGAAAUCAAGGACUCCAGGAGAGUGGAUUUCUUCACCGGACGCCCCUUGACGCUUUCGAAUGGUUCGGGGUUUAUUAUCGAAUCGAAUGGAUUAAUAGUGACCAACGCCCACGUUGUCACCAACAAGCAAUCGGCGAAAGUUGAGGUGAAGCUGAUGGAUGGACGCAUUUUUACUGGGGUUGUUGAAGACAUUGACCUGAAAAGCGACUUGGCUACCGUGCGCAUUCCGGCUGUCGACUUACCUACCAUGAAACUGGGAAACUCGGCCGAUUUAAAGCCCGGCGAAUUCGUGGUGGCCAUCGGCAGUCCCUUGGCGCUCAGCAACACUGUCACCACAGGGGUGGUAAGUUCGGUGCAAAGAGGCGCCGAUGAACUGGGGCUCACGGGAAAGGACAUGGUUUAUAUCCAGACGGAUGCUGCCAUCACCUUCGGCAAUUCAGGGGGGCCCCUGGUUAACCUCGAUGGCGAAGCCAUCGGCGUUAAUAGCAUGAAAGUCACUCCAGGGAUAUCGUUCGCGAUCCCUAUAGACUACGUGAAGGCGUUCCUGAAGAACGCGAAAGGGCCGAAAAAAAACCCCGAUACGCCCAAGAGGCUCUACAUGGGGAUCACAAUGUUCACGCUGACGCCUCAGCUGAUCAACGAGCUGGAGCACAAGCAGGGGCACUAUUUGCCCCGCGACUUUCAAGGGGGAGUCUUGGUGUGGAAGGUGAUCAUCGGCUCUCCGGCCCAUCAAGGUGGGCUCCAACCGGGGGACAUAGUCACUCAUAUUGAUGGCAAACCAAUCAAAGGGGCGCAGGACGUCUAUGACUUGCUCAGGCAAAAGACUGCGAGCAAACUGAGAAUGUCCGUGCAAAGGCAGGGAAAGCAGGUGGAGCUGCAAAUCCAACCAGAGGACUCGGACUAGGCGCCCACUGAUCAACUGACUCAGGCUGUUAGACACAUCUACCUAUACCUCUAAAACGAGCAGAAGAUAGGAAAGAGCCUUGGGAACCUUCACUUUCUUUUAGCUUUAAUGGAUAAAUUUUAGUAAUAAAGAAUACAGACUGUUUACAUGAG